GGCAAACAAACAACGUACUCUCUCUCUCUCUCUCUCUAGUAUAAUACACGCAGUGCUCUGCCUCUAAGGCAGAAUCGCUUACGUGUGGAGAACAGAAGGAAUAUAUUCGUUCACUGUUUAGUUACCGUGUGAGAGAGAAAUAUGGAAACGAUGAAGAAGAGUACUGGUGACAUCGAGGCCGGAGUCGGAGACAACGUCCAUCUCCGGUGGGCCUUCAUCCGAAAGGUCUACGUCAUACUCGCGCUGCAGGUACUCCUCACAGUUGCCGUCGCCACCGUCGUCGUCCUCGUCGCUGCCAUCCCCAAGUUCAUCGUAACCACAACUCCGGGCUUACUCGUCUUCAUCGUCACUCUAAUCGCCCCCUUCGUCGUGCUAUUCCCGUUGCAUCGCUACAGCAAGCACCAUCCGGUGAACUUGGUACUUCUGACGCUGUUCACUGUUCUGAUUGCAUUCGCUGUGGGGUUAUCGUGCUCGUUUUCCCCGGGGAAAGUUGUUUUGUUGACUGGUAUUCUAACAAGUGUGGUGGUUGUUACCCUCACACUCUACACAUUCUGGGCUGCGGCUAGGGGCCACGACUUCAGCUUCCUGGGGCCUUUUCUGAUGGUUUCCCUAUUGGUGGUGAUUGUUUUUUCUUUGAUCCAGAUAUUCAUCCCUUUUGGCAGAUUGGGCUCAACCAUAUUCGGACUGCUGAUAACGAUCGUAUUCUCUGGAUUCAUCAUCUAUGAUACUGAUAACCUGAUCAAGCGAUACAAGUACGAAGAUUAUAUCUGGGCUUCAGUCACCCUUUACCUCGACAUUGCCAACCUCUUCCUCGGUAUGCUUGGCUUGAGUCGCUGGCAGUAGAGCCUCUUCUUAUAUAUUCCUAUCUCCCUCUCACUUACCUUGUGAACAUUCCCCCAAUCAAAAGAGUAUAUACUCUAGCAUGUUCAUAGUGACUUACAGAAUACUACUUGGUUAAGUAAGUUCAGGGUAUUGAGAUACAGGAGAAGUUUUAUAUCGAUAUUGUGCUUCAUUGGCUAUCA